UCAGUUUACAUUUUGAAAGGUUUUUUUUUUUUUCUUUUUCCUGAUUUUCUAGGGUUCCCCAAAUGUCAUCGAUUGAGUUUCUACGACCGACGACGAUAACAAUCCACAAUAAAUUCAGCACAAAUUCUUACUCCAAUCUUCUUUAUCUACAUGGAUUAAACUUCUCUACCAAUCGAUUUAGAGUUUUGCAGCAAAGCACGAACCGUUUCCUCCCCAAUUCAAUCAACUUCCCUCUGCAUAACGUCACCGUUUUGAGAAACCAGGAUCGGUUCAAUCUUUACGGAGGAGGUAAAUUAAGGUUCAAAGACAGCAAAAUUUUGGCUAAUUGUACAGAUAGCGGCGAUUCGAAGGCGAGUUCCAGUGAGAAUAAUGAAAGCGAAGGUGGCCAAGGAGUGAAGCAGAAAAAGAAUCCGCAAAAUUCGGGCGGUUCAACCAAUCAGAGACGAGAAAAGAGCGGAAAAAGCGGGCUUUGGUGGUCCAAAGGAAAGAAAUGGCAGUGGCAACCGAUAAUUCAAGCUCAAGAAGUCGGUGUUUUACUUUUACAGUUAGGUAUUGUUAUGUUCGUUAUGCGGUUGCUCCGACCUGGGAUUCCAUUACCCGGGUCCGAGCCCAGGACUCCAACGACUUUCCUCAGCGUUCCUUACAGUGAGUUUUUGAGUAAGAUUAAUAGUAAUCAAGUUCAGAAAGUGGAGGUGGAUGGGGUUCAUAUAAUGUUUAAAUUGAAGAGCGAAGGGAGUGUUCAAGAGAGUGAAAUUGGUGGUAUUAGUAAUAGUAAGUUACAAGAGUCGGAGUCAUUGUUGAGGAGCGUGGCGCCUACCAAGAGAAUUGUGUAUACAACCACACGGCCGAGUGAUAUCAAGACUCCAUAUGAGAAAAUGCUGGAAAAUGAUGUGGAGUUCGGGUCUCCAGAUAAGCGGUCUGGUGGAUUCUUGAACUCUGCAUUGAUAGCUUUGUUCUAUGUUGCUGUCCUUGCGGGACUUCUCCAUCGAUUCCCUGUGAGCUUUUCUCAGCACACAGCUGGUCAGAUUAGGAAUCGCAAGUCUGGUGGUUCUGGGGGUUCAAAAGUGUCUGAGCAAGGUGAAACAAUCACUUUUGCUGAUGUUGCCGGUGUUGAUGAGGCCAAGGAAGAGCUAGAAGAAAUUGUGGAAUUUCUUAGGAAUCCGGACAGGUAUAUACGACUUGGUGCUCGCCCUCCCCGAGGAGUUCUCCUGGUGGGUCUUCCUGGGACAGGUAAGACUCUUCUAGCGAAAGCUGUGGCUGGUGAAGCAGAAGUUCCAUUUAUAAGUUGUUCUGCCAGUGAGUUUGUAGAGCUGUAUGUUGGCAUGGGUGCCUCUCGAGUUAGAGAUCUCUUUGCACGAGCAAAGAAGGAGGCACCAUCAAUAAUUUUUAUUGAUGAGAUAGAUGCCGUGGCAAAAAGUCGUGAUGGUAAAUUUCGCAUUGUUAGCAAUGAUGAACGGGAGCAAACUUUGAACCAAUUGCUCACUGAGAUGGAUGGAUUUGACAGCAAUUCCGCUGUGAUUGUUCUUGGAGCUACAAAUCGUUCUGAUGUCUUGGAUCCUGCCCUUCGUCGACCUGGGAGAUUUGAUCGUGUUGUCAUGGUAGAGACCCCUGACAGGAUUGGAAGAGAAGCAAUUUUGAAAGUACAUGUUUCUAAGAAGGAACUUCCCCUUGGAGAGGAUGUUGAUCUUGGUGACAUUGCUGCUAUGACAACUGGUUUUACUGGGGCUGACCUUGCAAAUCUGGUAAAUGAAGCUGCUUUGCUCGCAGGAAGAAACAACAAAAUUGUUGUAGAGAGAACUGAUUUCAUUCAGGCAGUAGAGCGAGCAAUAGCUGGCAUAGAGAAGAAAACGGCCAAGUUAAAGGGAAGUGAGAGGGCUGUAGUUGCAAGGCAUGAAGCUGGUCAUGCAGUGGUAGGUACGGCUGUUGCAAACCUUCUUCCUGGACAGCCACGUGUUGAGAAACUGAGCAUAUUGCCAAGAUCAGGAGGAGCACUGGGCUUUACGUAUUCUCCUCCCACAAAUGAGGAUAGAUAUUUACUCUUCAUUGAUGAGUUACGUGGCCGUUUGGUUACUCUUCUUGGUGGACGUGCUGCAGAGGAAGUUGUUUAUUCAGGUCGUGUUUCUACCGGUGCGCUUGAUGAUAUUCGGCGGGCAACAGACAUGGCAUACAAGGCAGUAGCUGAAUAUGGUCUUAAUCAGACUAUUGGCCCUCUGUCCUUAGCUAUACUUUCUGGUGGAGGCAUGGAUGAAUCCGGGGGGGCAGUUCCUUGGGGACGAGAUCAGGGACAUCUUGUUGAUCUUGUUCAAAGAGAGGUGAAAGCAUUAUUACAGUCUGCCUUGGAAGUAGCCCUUUCUGUUGUACGUGCUAAUCCAACUGUUUUGGAGGGGCUUGGUGCCCACCUCGAAGAAAAUGAGAAAGUAGAAGGUGAAGAGUUACAAGAUUGGUUGAAAUUGGUUGUUGCACCAAAGGAACUAACAAUCUUCGUUGGAGGCAAGCAAGAGCCUCUUCUGCCGGUGCAAGCAGGCUCUGGAUAAGUGCUUUUGCUCACUGCUGUCAACCACGAGCAAAACAUGUAGUCAACUAAAGCUUUCUUCAUGCCAUGACCUUGUCAAUGAGCAUGUCCUGGUGACUGGCAUCAUCUCCCUUGCACAUUUUUGUAUAUUUCAGCAAGGUGAAUUUUGGCUUUAUUUUAUCAUUAACCCUACCAAGUCUUUUCAUUGUUAUAUCUCACUACACUUACCAGAGGAAAAUGUAGAAAAAGAAGUGGUAAAGCUGAAGAUAUAUUUCCUUGAAGAGCUUCAAGCUUGUCUCGCCAUCCUCGACGUUAUGUUGAUAAGUGCGGGUUAGUCUCCAACGGCUGUUCUGUUGUACAUUGGCUAUUAUUUCCAUUGAAACAGUUCUAGCCUGUGGGCAAGUGUAACAGUAGUUGAGUUAUACACGUAAUUAUUCUGUGAAAUAUAACAUUAUUGCACAUAAAUAUGCUGGGCUCAGAAAAGGUCUUCUUCAGAUGAACAUUGUACAUAUUUUGCUAUAGACAGUACAUGCUGUUUAUAAUAGUUUCCCGACAUGGAACUUGAAAGCAUCCUUUUGGAGCAUUGACAUGAGACUGAAUGCACAAUUCCUACAUCCAAGUGUUCUUAAACUUUU